AAACUGUUUGGUCUUUCUUCCGUAACCAUACCUAGAAGGAAGAAUUAACAAUGGCGGACUCUGCUCCAGCCACGCGUGGAGGAUUCCGUGGAGGAUUUGGCUCCCGAGGCGGUGGUGGAGAUCGUGGAGGAUCACGAGGUAGAGGCCGUGGUGGCAGAGGAAGAGGUCGUGGGCGUGGACGUGGUAAAGAAGAUAGCAAAGAAUGGAUUCCGGUUACUAAACUUGGCCGUUUGGUCAGGGAUGGGAAGAUCGAAUCUCUGGAGCACAUUUACCUCUUCUCUUUACCUAUCAAAGAAUAUGAUAUUAUUGACAAGUUCCUCGGACCCGAAUUGAAAGACGAAGUUUUAAAAAUUAUGCCUGUACAGAAGCAGACUAGGGCCGGUCAACGUACACGUUUCAAGGCUUUUGUUGCAAUUGGUGACUACAAAGGUCACAUUGGUCUGGGUGUAAAAUGUUCCAAAGAAGUAGCUACUGCUAUUCGUGGUGCUAUUAUUUUGGCAAAACUUUCAGUCGUGCCCGUGCGUCGUGGUUACUGGGGGAAUAAGAUCGGUUUUCCUCAUACGGUACCAUGUAAAGUUACUGGUAAAUGUGGAUCGGUUCAAGUACGUUUAAUACCCGCACCGAGAGGUACGGGCAUUGUCUCAGCGCCUGUACCUAAGAAACUACUACAAAUGGCCGGUAUCGAGGAUUGCUACACAUCGGCAAGAGGAUCUACGUGUACACUUGGCAAUUUCGCUAAAGCUACUUACGCGGCUAUUGCUAAGACUUACGCGUACCUGACACCAGAUCUCUGGCACGAUCAAGCACUGCGAAAGGCACCUUAUCAAGAGUUUGCAGACUUUUUGUCUAAGAACCACAGAGUCGUGGGAGGACAGAGACCCGCCGAGACUGCUUAAACGAAAUAAACUUUCACGGAAGUUAUCUGAGCGUAGUGUACUCUUUUUCCCUAAUCAU